GCACGUCCCUAAACCCAGAAGUUUAGAUGCGAAAGGUUUUCUGUCACCUGUGUCUGGAGGUCGCAAGGCUGGUGUGUGUCUGAACAUUAUCAGCCAUGGCAUCAGCAAAUGUUACACUGGAAAAUCAGCUGCACAGUACACAGAAAAACCUGCUCUUCCUCCAGCAGGACCAUGCCAGCACGUUGAAGGGGCUACACGCAGAGAUCCGCAGGUUACAACAGCAAUGCACAGAUCUGACAUAUGAGCUCACUGUGAGAAGCUCUGAUCCCUCAGACAGCGGUGAAGUCCGCUGCAAGGAGCUGCAAAGGAGGUGUGAGGAGCUUGAGGCCCAGCUCAAGAAGAAGGAGGAGGAGAACACAGAGCUGCUCAGGGACCUUGAGCAGAAGAACGCCAUGAUCUCUGUCCUGGAAAACACCAUUAAGGAGAGAGAGAAGAAGUACCUGGAGGAGCUGAAGAUGAAGAGCCACAAGCUGGCUGUUUUAUCCGGGGAGCUGGAGCAGAGAGCGAGCACGAUUGCUUACCUGACCUCACAGCUUCACGCCACCAAGAAGAAGCUGUUGGCCGGCAGUUCGUCUGAGGCCAGCCCCAACGUUAGUCCAGUCACUUCAUACAAGCCCUCGCCUCCACCGGCCAAAGACAGGCAACCUGAAACCCCACGGCGACGCAUGAAGAAGAGUCUCUCCCAGCCUCUUCACCCAGAGUUGACUGAGGUGUAUCGGCUCGGCCCGGACGGUAGGCGGUUGGUUCUGCGGGAGACCGUAGACGCCAUGCCAGACCCCACACCUUUCCUGCAGGCCGGGAGAGACUCUCCCGAACCGCAGGUGGUGCGAGAACGGCCUGCCGUCAUCCCUCCUAUAUCCUCCGAGCGCUCCCCCAUGGCUCCCCUGGGUGCCAGCCCCCGACACAGCCCUGCUCGGGACCGUCAGCACAGGGCUCACGUGGGCGUGGCCCACCGCAUUCCACAUGGCACCCCUCCAAUGGCCCCACCGCAAGCAGAGCUGGAGACACUGGCAGUGGACCAGGUCAAAGAUGAGAAGGUUGUGCGGAAGCGCUCGGGAACUGACAGAACAGUUUAACACUGCAAAGCUAACAUGCACAUAAAUGCACACACACACACACA